GUUUUAGGAGACCGCGGGGAUGUUCUCCCCAGACGAGAUUCGCGACUCCUAAGCGCUUCCUCCGCAAACCAAGUAGCAUACAAAUUUUCGUUUUUAAUCGAGCGCCACUACCACCGCCACCAUCCUCUAUGCCCAAAGUUGAAGCAGGAAAGACUACUCCAUCUUUUCAGUUUUCCGUUCUUCCUUUUCCCAGCGCAGACUGCUCGUGCCGGAAGCAAAAAUGAAGGUACCUAUGGGCCCUCCACCUCCCAAAAUCCCUGUAGCUGCUGCAACCUCAGAGGCAGGGCAGACGCUGUUAUCUCCUCCUCAUCCUCAACCCCUCCAGAAUGAAGCGAAAACGAAGGUGCCCAUGGGGCCGCCACCUCCCAGAAUCCCUGUUCCUGCAGAACUGGGGGGUGCUUCUCCUUCCAUCGCUCAAACGGAUAAGCAGGAACACAGCCAACCUGUACCGGCGGAUACCAACAUCACCAACUCGGGGGAAAAUGCAACAUUAGCCGCCAAUUCUACUUUAAUGGACGGUCUUGUCGAGAAACCGCAGAAUGAAGAUCCUACCGCCCGGACCUCCAUCCCUUAUACAAUUCCUGCUUGGAGUGAACCGCCUGGCCAGCCGUACUUCAUGGAGGUCCUAAAGGAUGGAGUCAUCAUCGACCGUCUUGACGUGUCAACAAAAGGUGCAUUCAUGUUUGGGCGCAUAGAUAUCUGUGAUUUCAUACUUGAACAUCCAUCUAUUUCAAGGUUUCAUGCUGUUCUUCAAUUCAAGGGAAAUGGGGAUGCCUUUCUCUAUGAUCUUGCUAGUACCCAUGGUACUUUUAUCAACAAGAGUCAGGUUAAAGGAAGAGCGUACAAGGACUUGCAUGUUGGGGAUGUCAUUCGAUUUGGCUUGUCAACCCGCUUAUAUAUUUUCCAAGGACCAUCUGAGUUGAUGUUGCCAGAAGGUGACCUGAAGAGAAUAAAGGAGGCCAAGAUCCGGCAAGACGAACAAGAUCGUGAAGCAUCACUUGUGCGUGCUAGGGCAGAAGCUUCUCUAGCUGAAGGCAUUUCCUGGGGCAUGGCAGAAGAUGCAGUUGAAGAGGCAGCAGAGGAUGAUGCUGAUGAAGUGACCUGGCAGUCAUACAAGGGGCAACUUACUGAAAAGCAAGAAAAAACACGUGAUAAGAUUAUCAAAAGAUCUGAAAAGGUGGCUAAUAUGAGGAAGGAGAUUGAUGCCAUAAAAGCAAAAGAGAUUGCACAAGGUGGGUUGACACAGGGUCAGCAAACUCAAAUUGCUAGGAAUGAGCAGAGAAUAUCACAGGUUCUGGAGGAGCUUGAGAAUUUAGAGGAGACUUUAAAUGACAGCAUACGAGAGAGCAUUGGUGCACAUGCUAGGAACCUGUAUGGGAAGAAGGUGGGUCAGUUUGAAGAUGAGGAUCAAGUCCUUAGUGAUGAUGAUGAAUUUUAUGACCGAACAAAGAAUAAGGCUAGUUCACUUUCAAGAGCUGGUGAGAAGAAAGCAGUUGAAACGGCAGAAACUUUACUUGAUAAGAAAGAGUGCAUAACUAAAGAAAUUGAAGAAAUCAGGGAUGCACUUCAAGAAGAGAAGAAGAAAUUUGCAAAAGAGAUUGAGGGUGAAACAGAGGGUGCAGAUGCACUUGAUGCGUUCAUGAGUGGACUUUCAAACCAGAUAGAAAUUGAUAAAGCAGCUCAACUUGAAAAGAAAAUUCAUGAACUUGAAGCAGACUUGGAACGGAUCUUAUAUCUCCUCAAAAUUGCUGAUCCUACUGGUGAGGCUGCUAAGAAAAGAGGUGCAAAUCCUCCAGCAGCAAAUCCUGAGGUUAUAGCUAUCUCUGUUUCUGCUCCUAACAAGAUACAUUCUAAAGAUGAAAAGAAAUCACAUAAAUCACAGGGCUUGCGAAAGCCUGCUGCCAUCAGUUCCGCCCAAGAAGCUCCUGUUCUUCCAGAAACAAGCAAGCCUUCGGAAGAUAAGAAUACUAACAAAGGCGAAGAGAAGACGUCUGUGUAUGUUCUUCCAAAGCCACGAUGGCUUGGCGCUACUCUGCAGGUGAAUGCAAGUGAUAGCCCACGUCAGGAGGUUCCCUUGAGUACGGAUGAAUCAAGCCAGUUUAUUGACUAUAAAGACCGUAAAACUGCGUUAACUGUUAAUAAUGAAGAGCAGAUAGUUAAAUCCUCCAUUGAAGAAGCUGCUCCUGGCUUGAUUAUAAGGAAGCGGAAGGACACAGAAAAAACUAAAAGUGGCAAUGCUGAAUCUCUUGGCCACUCAACGUCAUCAACUUCAGCUGAAAGUAAUGCUCUAGACGCUGUCGCACUUCUGUUAAAGCACCAGAAGGGAUAUUUGACCUCAUGUGAUGAAGUAGACAAUGAUGAAGAAAAUGCUUCCAGUGGUCACACCAACAGAGAGAAAAGGAAACAGAAGAGAAAAAUAGGCCCUGAAAAACCUGUUUUUCUUGAUAGCGGUCCAGAUUAUGAAUCAUGGGUGCCGCCAGCAGGACAAACUGGUGAUGGUCGGACCUCCUUGAAUGAUCGGUUUGGUUACUGACUGGUACCAUUUUUGGGCGUCCCAACUUUCAUCACCUGCAGUAGAAGGUGCACUUACGGUUUAUUACAAUGAAGUUCUUUGUUUACACGAGAAAGCUUUUGCCACCAACGCUAUGCCAUUGAUGAAUCUUCGUCAUUAUGAUCCUGCAUGUGGAGACUACCCGUUACUGCGACAGCGCAGUGCGGCAUGGAGCAGGAGGAAAAUCUUGUAUUGUGGACUGUCAUCCUCUAACUGUAACAUGGUGACCGUCGUGCUUAAAGAUGCAAAUGAAGAUUGAGGAAUAAAAGUAUAUCAGAGCUUAAUGUCAACCGAAAAAUCCAUAUGGUUUUUUCAAAGAGCCAAAAAUUAAUUUUUUUUUUUUUGUGAAUAUUGUAAACGAAUCCGAAAACAGUUUCAAGGUCUGGAAAUUUCUCGGCUUCUUAUGUC